UUUAAUGCACUGCAUUUCAGGUUGUCUAGUCAGUGAGAUUAGUCUGCGGCAAUAGUGUGAACAUUGAUUUCUCCGUAGACAACAUUGCUUUCUUGAACGUUUUAAGCGAAGUUCAGUGCGCAUUGAAAAUCUAAUUCAUAUUAAAUAAUUCAAUAAAUAAAUCCAAGAUGUUCGUGCUUCUGGCGCUCCUCAUCGCAGCACUCGCGCUCAUUGUGAUCGCACUGCAACGCCACUACACAUACUGGCAACGGCGUGGCGUGCCACAAGUGACGCCACGUUAUGUGGUGGGUAAUAUAGAGCGCGCUGCCGGCGGUCAAGUGCAGCUACGACACUUUAACCAGAGUCUUUAUGAAGCGUUCAAGAAGCAACGCGCCUUUGUCGGCAUGUACAUCUUCUUCACGCGCGCUGCGCUCAUUCUCGAUUUGGAUGUGAUUAAGGAUAUUUGUAUAAGCAAGUUUUCGAAUUUUCAAGAUCGUGGCGUUUUCUCGAAUCCGCGUGAUGAUCCACUGACUGGUCAUCUUUUUCGUCUCGAGGGAGCACAGUGGCGUGCCAUGCGUAAUAUACUCACACCCGUCUUCUCUUCGGGCAAUAUGAAAUUCAUGUUCCCCACUGUGGUGAAAGUGGGUCAUGAAUUGGUGGCCGCUUGCCACAAAGCGAUCGCGGAGAGCCCACAACAGCAAGAGGUCGAAUUGAAGGAGCUUUGCGCGCGCUACACUACUGAUGUCAUUGGCACUUGUGCCUUCGGUAUUGAGUGCAACAGUCUGCUGGAUCCACAAGCUGAAUUUAGGCGUCGCGGUCAUGCCGUGUUUACCGAGCCGCGUCACUCGCAACUGGUGCAGACUUUCAUGUUGAUGAAUCCGGAUUGGGCGCGUCGUAUGCGUCUGAAGUUCUUUCCCGAUCACAUCAUACAGUUCUAUAUAGAUGUGGUGCGUCAGACUGUCGAACUACGACAGCGUGAGCAUAUCAAACGCAACGAUUUCAUGGACUUGUUGAUCGGCUUAAAGGCCGAGGAUGAGCGUUUGGCCUUGAACAGCGAUGGUAUUGAUCUCUCGCAAGGUUUGACACUCAACCAAAUGGUAUCACAGGCUUUCGUCUUCUUUGUGGCGGGUUUCGAUACCUCAUCAACAACCAUGUCGUUAUGUCUUUAUGAACUCGCCUUGAACGUGCCAAUACAAGAGAAAGUGCGUGCUGAAAUCGAGCGCGUGCUAAACGCGCACAAUAAUGAACUCACUUACGAGGCGCUGAACGAAAUGCAAUAUCUCGAUCAAGCAGUGGAUGAAACACUACGCAAGUACCCUGUCGUGCCAUAUCUCGUGCGCAAAGCCAAAGAGGACUACUUAGUGCCCAAUACUAAUGAAGUCAUUGAAAAAGGCUGCCUUGUGGUAUUACCCGCACACGCUAUUCAACAUGACGCCGAACUUUAUCCGGAGCCAGAUAAAUUCAAUCCGGACCGCUUCGAGCCAGCGUUGAGUCGUGCACGCCAUGCAGCAGCCUAUAUGCCUUUCGGCAUCGGCCCACGCGCCUGUAUUGGUCUGCGCUUUGGCAAAAUGCAAGCCAAAAUAGGACUCAUCAAUUUACUAAGACACUUUAAAUUUAGUAAAACCCCUAGCACCCAGACCCCACUGCAAUUCAUCGAGCGCAUUUUUCAAAUCACUCCAGCCAGUGGCAUACACUUGCGAGUGGAGCCUGUGGACGCCGUGAGCCAUUGAGGAUAAUAUUUUAAUUUAACACAAGUGUUGCAUUUGCGUUUUUUUUAAUAAAUGAGUACUGAAACAUCAA